AUGACACAAGGUGAAAAUUUGCAACUCAAUAUAACUCUUUUACCCAAUAAUCAUCUUCCAGACGCUACUUUAUGUCCUAUCACUGACAAGGAUGCUGCAUUGAUCGAAAGUUUUAACGUCCCUACAAUCUCAUCGAUUGUUCUAUUAACUGACGCUCAUGGAUAUCUUAAUUACGAUUUUGCCUUUAGUUCUGGAGAUAUAG